CAUGUGCAGUGGCAGUGCUGUGCGGAUGGUCAUUCAGGGUGCAUGUUGCAGUGAGUCGGUUUGAAGUUUUUAGAUUCAUUUCAGAGCGAAAUGGGCUCUCCGGGUUUGAUGGAGUUUCGUAAGUCCUGUUUCGGAGCAGCUGGCCGACUGAUGAUGGACAUCAUGCAGUUUGACUGGGAGCCUCUGGGUCACUGGGAGCUCGACCAGCGCCUGGACCAGGCAGUGGAGGAGAUGAUCGAGGCUGAUCUGAUGUCCAGUGUCCAGGCUCAGUGUAGCCCUGUUUUAAUGCAGGUGUCUCCACAAGAAGACUUCUUGCCUUUCACACAAGAGCAAACACAAACUGUGACCAUUCAGGUGUCGGAGGAGCCCCCGUCCACUGUUUUCCUGGAGGAGCAGGAAGAGAACAUCAGUGAAAUAGAGGGAAACCCCACCGUUCAGUAUGUCACAGCUCUUCUACAGGACUCCAACUCGAGCCACAGUCAGAGCCGGCUGACCGGGAGAGCUCGUUUGUCCCUGUCUCACACCGUCUUCCUGUCGCUCACCCUGCUGUCCAAACGCCUCAGCUACCGCACCGUCUCCUCCACCUUCCGCCUGGAGAAAGGCAACAUCCACAGGAUCUUCUUCUCCUUCUGUGACCGUGUCAACGCACUGAAGGACCAGCUGAUACGAUGGCCCACUGGUGAGGAAGCUGCAGAGCACCUGCUUCCCUUCUCUAGCUGGUUGGGGUGGGAUGAAAGGCUGGAGGAGAGGGGUUUACCUCAAGUGUUGGGGAUGCUGGGCCACACCCGCAUCCCCAUCCGCCUUCCAAUCAGCAAACAGGACGGGGAGAGUGCUGUGCCGUAUGCAAAGAGGCUGAAAAAGGAGCCCCAUCCAGACUCCUGGCUGAACCUGGAGCUGGUGUGCAACAGCCAAGGCCGGUUUAUCCACUGUCGCAUCAGCAGAGGCUCUGACAGGGACAGGGGCAGCGCCCUGAGCGAUAAACUCCAGCACAACCCUGAACUCAUGCCUCCGGGGACCUGCCUGCUGGCCAGAGUGGGAUAUCCUCUCACUGGACACAUACUGACCCCAUUCUCCCCAGGCCGAAGUCCCCAGGAAAACCUCUACAACAGGUCAGUAGAGGCCCACCUGGGCGGUUUUGACCAGGCCGUGGCCGACCUGAAGGAAUGCUUUCAGAAACUGAGGUACCUGGACAUGGGCAACUUUGAGAGGGCGAAGGCCGUGGUGUUAACCUGCUGUAUUCUGCACAAUGUGUUUCUGGAGAUGGGUCAUGUGACCAAGGGGCAGGUGGACAGGGAGGUGAGGGAAGAAGAAGAAGGAAGAAAAGAAGAGGCUGGUAUAACUCUGAGAGAUACUGUGGUAAAUCUGCUGUACAGCGCCCUGGAGGAAGGAACAGAUUAACUUAUGGGUGGAGCUUAAAAUCAGAUUGACAUCAUCAUCAUCACUGACAUGUAAACAAAGAAAUUCAGACAAGUUUGAUGUGAAAUGAUUACCUGUUUUUAAAACGCUUUACACAGUGGAGAUUGACGGCAGCAAUCAUAAUAUAUGCAUGUAUACAACUCAGAACAGCCAGGUCUUUAUAUGGAAUGUCCAUAAUGGUAAAAAGGUGAUAAGCCUGACUCUGAAUAAUUUUAUUUAUAACUCAAACGUUUAAUUUUGUGGAUAUUUUGACCAAAUUUGUGGAAUUCGUUUUUCAUAUGUGUUUUUUCAAAUCAGUUGUUUUUAUAUGGACAGUCUGAAUCCUAAAUUUCCUUUGGGAUCAAUAAAGUAUCUAUCUAUCUAUCAUCUGAUUUCUAAAGUUAUAAAGCUACUUUCCAUGAAUCAGCUGUUCAGUUUGAAGUACUGAAUGAACGCCUAUUAAUUUGUUCUAGUAGGUUGUUUUGUAUAUUUCAGUUAACAAUCUAAACUUAUUUUGGUGACGGACAGUUAUUUUGGUUGUUCGUCCUAAAAAAGGAUAUUUGAAUUCAUUUCAUUUCUACAGAGCCCUGCUGAUUACAUCCUGUAUAAAUAAAAAUAAUGCAUGGCCAUGCCAUAUUAACAUGUGGGAACGAAAUCCUAAUGCAUGGCUUAGUAAAGCUU